AUGGAUUCGAGGUAUGAAAUCAAGCGGAUGGCCGGUGGCGGGGGAUCAGCGAAUGCUUCCCCCGCUUUGGGGGGACAGUCUCGCCGCAGGAAGAUGCCGCCGAGGCCCGCUGAUUACAAACUUCAAAUUAUCAUUAUCGGCUCCCGUGGCGUGGGAAAAACCAGUCUAAUGGAAAGAUUUACAGACGACACUUUCUGUGAAGCAUGCAAAUCAACUGUUGGAGUAGAUUUUAAGAUCAAGACGGUGGAGCUGAGAGGGAAGAAGAUCAGGUUGCAAAUCUGGGAUACAGCUGGUCAGGAGAGGUUCAACAGUAUAACCUCCGCCUACUACCGUGGGGCCAAAGGGAUAGUACUGGUCUAUGACAUCACCAAGCAGGAAACCUUCGACGACCUUCCCAAGUGGAUGAAGAUGAUCGACAAGUAUGCUUCAGAGGAGGCAGAGCUGCUGCUAGUGGGAAACAAGCUGGACUGUGAGACAGACCGCAUCGUCACUAAACAGACUGCCGAGAGGUUUGUCUCCAGGAUAUCUGGGUUGCGAUUCUGCGAGGCUAGUGCCAAGGAUAACUUUAACGUGGAGGAGUGCUUUCUAAAACUAGUGGACGACAUUCUAGCAAAGAUGCCUCUGGAGAUUCCCAGUAGGGAGCUUUCCAACAGUAUCCUGUCUCUGCAGCCUGAACCAGACAUUCCUCCUGAGCUCAACCCGCCACGCAUGCGCUGUUGCUGAGACCCCCCUACCCCUUCCACCAUCCACCCUGCUGAGACCCCCCUACCCCUUCCACCAUCCACCCUGCUGAGACCCCCCUACCCCUUCCACCAUCCACCCUGCUGAGACCCCCCUACCCCUUCCACCAUCCUCCCUCCACCCUGCUGAGACCCGCCUACCCCUUCCACCAUCCACCCUGCUGAGACCCCCCUACCCCUUCCACCAUCCACCCUGCUGAGACCCCCCUACCCCUUCCACCAUCC